GUUUUCUCAUUUAUUUAAGAGGCCUACACACCUAUGCCUUUUAUCCUAUACUCUACAGUUUACAGAUAUAAUUUUUUAAAAAAUACUAAUGAAUAUUACCAAUGAGGCUGAUCUUAGUUUUCAUCCCAUGACGUCAUUGUGUGUGUGAUAUUAUAAUUGUAAUUUUAUUACAAAUAAAAUGUAAUUAUAAAUUAUAGAAUGCAAAAUUUAGGAAGAUGUGGGAGAAGUCGUAAUCAUAAGUCAAGGAGGAACAGCUACCAGCCACUGUCAGGACCAGGUACUAGACAUGUAUAAGGGGUCAUCCAUAAAUCAUUUAAUGACAUAGGCCUACGCCUACAUCUAAAGUGACUAAAGGAUGGGGGAGGGGGAAAAGUGCAUGUCAUUAUGUGAAAUGACAGUGUAUAUUUUUAGUGUAUAACUUAGGUCAAUUAUGGAUGGUACCUACACUGCAUUGAUGUAGAUAUUAAAAAAGUUAUAAAAUCAUUUUAAAUUAGCAUUUAUUAAUCAUUUAUGGAAAAGUGACAGUCAGUCAUUGUUUUUUUUAAUGUUUAUUUUUCUUCUGUUGACACAUUAACUGUUGGUUAGAUUCACAUUAACUAAUUAUGGUCUUUGGUAUUUCAUUUCAUUAUCUUUAUUUGAUUGCAUUCCAGUGCAUUCAAUACCCCCCCUCCUCCUCAAACCCCCACACCCCCCCCUUGGAUGUAACUUGUAAGUCAGUUUUUUUAAAUGGCUCAUAAAAGCUUUAUAAAUUUAUUAAUGUCUUUAACUUUAUUUUUCCAACACCAUGUACAUUUAAGUAUUAUUACCCUUACUGUAUUAUUAACUCACAUCCUAGGAGUUUCAGAAUCCCACUUACCAGAAUUUAUUAGACUUAAAAGAUGGAUGAAAUCAUCAAUUUCCAAGGAGCAGUGUUUAGGUAGAAGCAUUAAGAAGCUUGAGGUGGCUUAUUUUAAAAGUGAGUUACUAUUGAUGACAUAUUGUGAUAGAUUCAAAUACCAUAAUAUAAAAAAGAUAUGUGAUAUAUAUUUUCAAUAUUAAUUUUAUUAACAUAAUUUAUCGCAGUGCAACACUUUUUACACUUUUUGCAAUGGUAUUACUUUUUAUGGUCAUUAUAUGGUCGUUAUAAUAUACAGCUACAUUUAUGUAUCUAAUUAGCUGUAAAAUUUAUUCAUACUUCAUCAAUACCUUUGCUUAGAAAUUUUGAUGGAAGUUUAAGAGAUUGUAAAUUUAUAAAUUCUAAAAUUAAAUAACUUUUUUUGCAGCACUUUCCGUGGUUGAAAAAAUGCUUAAUAAAUUCUUAUUUUGUCAACCUAGAUAUAGGCAGAGGAUUAAAAUGUAAAAGACAUAUUGAGGUUGGAGAUACCAUCAUCUCCAUUCCAUUAGAUCUUCUGAUAACAACCAAUACAGUGUUCAAUAGUGAAAUAGGAGCUGUCAUUCUAAGGUAAAGUUAAAAGCUGAAUCAGGUUGAUUUGAAAUGCUUAAGUACUAAGUAAAGUAGUUUCUAGCUUCAUACAUAGUGAAAGUUUAGCUCUUUUUUUGUGACUUCACAAGACUAUCUAAGUAUUAAAAUGUAUAGACAUUGACACUGGAUGCUCCUAUUAGUGUUGAAAAAUUUUCUAGAAAAUGCUAAUGCCAUUAUUAUCAGCCAUUUGAAAUUAUCCCCAUAAAAAGAUCUAAAAUCAGUUGUUGUUUUUAAAUUAUAUAAUUUUUCUUUUUUUCCGUAGUGGAAAUGACUGUUUUACACCCCAACAAUUACUUACUAUAUUUCUUAUCAUUGAGCGGUGCAAGGGAGAGAACUCCUUCUGGUUUCCUUAUCUUAGCACACUACCUACAGUCUACACAACCCCUCUAUAUUUUACAAAUGAUGAAAUCAAAUUGCUUACAACAAGGGGUAAACAGAUGGCUGAUGAGUAUAGAAAGAGGCAAGUUGUUAUUCUUUUAAAUGGUGAUAGAAGAUAGUAUUUCAUUCCUAUCUUUGUGUAUCACUGCUUGCCUAUCUCGAGAUAUAGAAACCAAUUCAGGUCAUUAACAAAAUUUUUAACCAGAGUAAAUUUAUCAUAUUAUUUUGUUGUCUUAGAAAAACUUCCAUUUAAAUAAAUUUUACAUUAUAAAAGAUAUUACUGAAUUUUUAAAAAUUAUAUCAGUCAUUUUCAUUUUUUUUAGCGGCCAAUCUAUUUUUUUACAGAUUUGACAGGGCAUGUCAAGUGAUUAAUAACUUUCUUAAAGCCUCUGCUCCAUCAUAUUGUCCUUUAGUUGACUUGGCAGAUAUCAUGUGGGCUUGGUCUACUAUAGAGACACGAUCUGUAUAUCUUGAGACAACCCCACACAGUUUCUUAAAAGUUGAUCCAGAUGAGAGUCAUGUAGCUUUGGCUCCAUAUCUAGAUUUACUGAAUCACAAAGACACAGCGCAGGUAAAACAAAAAAUGUUGAGGAAUUAUUGUUUACUGUACAGAAAUAAUUAAAUUAGUUGUUGAAGUAUCAAGUUUUAAAAAUUUUAGUUAUAUUAUUUCAAAAUUGUAUUCAGUUGUAAUGAGUUUGAUGGUGCAUGCAGAUAACUAAAUUGAGAUGAUCAAUACUUAUAGCUUCUGAUUUUUUGCAUUCUGAUUUACGCUACUUUACUUGUGCAUAAAAAUCCAUGGCCUGUUAUUAAUUUUAUUUUACUAGAUGAGUGCUGGACUCAACACCAGUUCUUCCUGCUAUGAAAUAGUAACACAGGAUAAAUUUGAAGCCCAUGAUCAAAUCUUUAUUUGUUAUGGAGCAUAUGAUAACACCAGACUACUAGUCAAUUAUGGCUUCACCUUACCACAGAAUGUUCACAAUAUGUAUUACAUAACACUAGGUCAGUACAAAUCAGUAAAAUCCUGGCUGUUUGCACUUGAUAUCAGUUUGGAUGUAAUUUUGGUUAAUUUCUAAAUCCAGGGUGUACCUUUAUUUAUAUUUAUUUGGAUAUGGCCUAUAUAAAAAUUAUGGUUAUUUUUAUUUUUCUAAAUAUGUGAUAUAUGAUUUCAUCCUCUUACAGAUAACAUUAAACAACUGUCACCAAAUAAUAUUCAACACUGGGACAAAAAAGUUUCUAUUAUUAAAGAAACAGGUUUAGAAAAGUGAGUAUUUAUAAGCAAAUUACUAAUUUAUUUACUUGAGUAUUAAAAUUGUUGAACACCUAGUUAAUAGAAGUGAUUAAUUACAUCAUGGGUAGAUUCUUAACAUUUUUUGAAUUUAUAUAGUUUUUCAUCAUUAACAUUUUUUCAUUAGGAAUCUGGUUUGCAAUCAAGAUGGACUUUCCUGGGCUUUAAUGACAGUUCUCAAAAUUGCUGCAUUGCCUUGGGAAUUAUUGUAAGACAUAAAUCUUAUGGGAUGUUUGUUAUUACCAAACUAUAAUUUAAUUGAGGUAUAAAUAUUGCUUACUCUGCAGGAGUUUGGCAUAACCAACAAACUGACAACACUGAUAAUGUAACAUUAAAUAACUCAAAAAGCAAAAUCAAGGUUUUGGGAAAAAAUUCAAGGGAAUUUCAGAUUAGACAAGGUAUAAGACAAGGAGACUCAAUGUCUUGUAUGCUAUUUAACCUAACAUUAGACAGUUAUAAGAAACAUACAUAUUGACAGGAACUAUAACAGGAUACUUUCUGAGGGAAACCCAAGACCCACAACCAAUAGGCACUCUCUGCAACCAACUCCUUUAGUAUCUUGCAUAUGCUGAUAACUUAGCUCUGUUAGGGAAAAGUAGUAAAGACAUAUCAAAAGCUUUUUAUUGCAUUAGAAGAUGUAUCACCACAAGCAGGGCUGGAAAUUAACAACCAAAAAACAAAAUACAUGACUAAUAAUAAGAGAACAGACAGAUGAAACCAUACUUUUGAAAAAGUAAAUCAAUUCAAAUACCUAGGAUCCUUAAUAAAUGAAAGAAAUGAAUUGCUAACUGAAAUAAAAGAAAGAAUAUAGGCCGGAAACAGGGCAUAGUUUUGCAGUCACAAAAUACUCAAAAGUAAAAUUAUUACAAGAAAAUCAAAGAAAACUAUAUAUAAAAAUGUAAUCUAUUUGUAACAUACGCAAGUGAAACUUAGACCCUAACAAAAAUGAAAGAAAACUAUUAAAUUAAAUACAUGGGGGAGAAAAGUUAUACGAAAUAUAUAUGGAACAACAAAAUAUGAAUAUGGAUGGAAAAUACGAACCAACCAGGAAUUGUAUAGAUUAUAUCAGGAUCCCACACUAUUAACAGAAAUAAAAAAGAGCAGGCUACGCUGGAAAGAAUGACAGAAAAGUGAAGAGGCUGCUCCACCAAAACCCAAGUGGAAAAUGGCUCAAAGGCAGACCUAGGCUUAGAUGGAUAAAUGAUGUGGGAAAAAAAAGAUGUACCGCAGCUGGGAAUUAAAGCAUGGAAAAGAAAAGUAUAAGUUAGGUCUGAGUGGAAGGAACGUGGUGAGGCAAGCCAAAGCCCUAUAUGGGCUGUAACAGCACAGGGAUGGAUGGAUGGAUAUAUUUUUAUUCUAUUAAUGAAGAAAAAAAGCUAAAAAGAAGGAUUUAUUGCAAUGGCAGUUUCACACAAAGUUAAUUGCAAGAUUUGACAUUAGUUUUCUAAUCUUUAAUAGUUAAAUAGUGACAAUUAUAUUAUAGCAUGAUGACUGACAAAGUCUGCUGAUUUUCCAAUUCUUAAACUUGACUUAAAACAAAGCAUUAACAUGUAUGCACUGCAGAAUGAUAAUUUCGUUACUCAAGGUGGCUGAACAUAUAUUUUGUUACAAUAUAUUUUUAACUAUUAUAAAAAUUUGUAAAGUUUUUGAAUUAUGCUAAAUAGCUCUUAAAAUAAUUAAUUGAAUAAAUAAAUGUGUUAUUUUAAGAAAUGUGAUUAUGAUUAUUGCAACAUUUUCUAGUAAUUUUGUUAUUUAGUUAAGUUUAGUAGAUAUGCUGAAAAAGUACCUAGAAACAAAAUUGCCAUAGGUCAAACAAAAAAAUUGCUUGAAUAAAUUUUAAUUCUAUUCAGUUAGUUUUUGAUAACUUAUAUUUCAGAUUUUUAUGGAAGUCACUUAAACAAGGAAUUUCUAUAUCUAAUGAUAAUGAAUCUAAGGCAAACUCUCUGGCUACAAAACUGGUAUCAGAAUGUCUGAAAUCAGCCAGGGACCAUCUCAGAAAUGUGGUAAAGUGCUUUUACUUUGUAGUCUUUGUCCAAAAUAAAGUCAAGAAACUAAAUAAAAAUAUACUAUUGUCAUUUAUUUUACUUCUGUUGGUAGAGGGGGUUCAAGGAUCAUGAACUUGACAACAUAUUCAUUAUAAAAAUUUGUUCAAAUUUUUUUUUCCAGAUGAUGUGCCCAAGUUCAAAUCAUUUCGAAUUGUUGAAAAAUCUGGCACAAGAUGAUGUGGAUAUACUGGAAUCUACACUUGCCAUGCUAACUUGAUAUCAUUUGAAUUCUCCCUGAAACUCAUCACCCAAGGAUGACAAGGUUUCUGGCCUAAUCAUUUCACGACACCAAGGAAUUUAGCAGUGCUGCAUAAGCUUACUGGCAAAGUCUUUAAGCCAUUCAUAUCUGCUGUUUCAGUCGCAGAAGGUACAAAAAAGUCCCAUAUUCAACUGCUGUCAAGAUACUAAUAUUAACACAAAAAAGUGUCAAUUGCAUUACUAAAAUCAACUGUAUGUCAUGUAGUGCAACCUUACAAAAGAGUGGGUUCAUUACCGUCAUCAACAGAGAAAAUUAUAAAUAUGUCGUCUAUGUACUGACGCCAGUGACACAAAGCACUCACAGUGUUAGUUUAUUAAGAUUUCAAUGAUCACAUUUUUUAUUUUCCAAUUUAAUUUGUUCUUCAGCUCUUAACUGUUCCUGGACUUACUUUAUUUUAAAGGAUUUCAGAAUAGUAUUAAUUUUAGUUAAAGUUAAAACCAAAAGAAUUUAAUUCUUCUAUUUUUUUCCCCAAAUAAAAGUAAAAAUACAUUGCUUCAACUUUGUAAUCUAAGAGCUACUUGCAGCUCUCAUUCCCAUCGAUGGCUAUAGAUUUAUUGAAGAGCAACUAUUUCAUUGUAGUGGCAAGAGUCCACAAGUUUUAAAAAAAAAAACAUUUAACUUCUACAGGUUUUUGAGAAAUGAUUUGAAAUAUUUUUGGAUUUUUAUUGUCAGAGUUGAACUAUGAUUUUUAGGAGUUUUGUUCAAAAGAUCUUACACAUUUUUGUUAAUAAAUUAGUCAAAACAUGACUCAUAACCUUAACUAUUUAAUUAAGUUUUACGGUAUGCUAAUCAUGGUUAACAGUGCAAGGUUAUGUGGUCACUUUACAAAUGAAUGUAGAACAAAAUAUGUAACUUCAAAAAAUUUAACAAUUUGUUUAUUUGUUAAAAGAAUCCAGCCUCGGCAUUAGCUUUUAAAAAUUAUAUCUAGUUAAAUUUUUACAGGAUUGAAAUUGAUGCAUAUUUGAUUUUUUUUUAAAGUUUGAAAUACAUUCUAAUGCAUCUAAUAUUUCUUUAUUUAUAGCAGUAGUAUAGUAUCAUUUGCAACCAUGACAUCUAACAAUGCUUACACACACAAAAUCUUAUUUAGUUAUCACUUUCUAUUGAUCAAUUUAGCAAAUUUUAUCAGGUCUACCUGUAUAUGCUUAUUCACCAAUAAAGUCAUUGCUUUUUACCUCAUAAGAUAGAAAAAAAUGGGUAGAUGUUAUCUCAGCCUGGUCAGAUCAUGGAUCAAAAUAUAUUGAUUUGAUCCCUCCACACUUUUCAUAAGAAAACAUGACAUGUCUGUCUGGAGUAAAAAUUUAAUACUGAAAUCCACAUUAUUAGUAGGAUAUUAUUCAUAUAAAAUUGAUAAACAUUUCUACUUAUUUCAGUAAGCCACAUGUCAAUAAAACUCUCAGCUAUGAUGCUUGCUUGUGAACAUCAAUAACUUUUAGAAUAUUUUUAGCCUGUCGUAACAAGGGCAUGUCAAUCAUCUGUCCUCUAAAAACAAAAGCGCCCUGGAAUAAAGAUGAAAUACAAAAAAAUUAGUUAAAUUAAUAUCAUUCUAGAUAUUUACAGUACAAAAUAUGUAAUAAAAUGUAUUCACAUAUUCAUUUGAAAUUAAAUUUGAGCUUUACUUUUCAUGCAAAAAAAUUGUUUACAUUUUUAUUGUCUUUUUUCGCUAAAGAAGGCUUCUUACUGACAUGGUCAUUGUUUAGUUGCGUCCUACUUUCAGGUUUUCCCACACCUUGUUUCACAUAGUUCCUUUAAAUUGUUGCCAGUGAGAUAACAAUUAUGUCCUAUUAACUUAAUGGAGAUUUAUUGUAGAGCAUAAACUAAUUUAAAUUUACAUUUUGUAUAAAUCAUACUUUAGGAUUGCCUGUAUUUUUUUUGUUAAAGUUACUCGGAAAAGAAUAUUUUCAAAAUCAAAAUAAAAUAAUCAAAAUAGAAGACAUUUU